AUGGGGGUGGCUGCGUCGGGUCAGGUACUUGCUGCUGCGUCCCGGUCAGGUCCUGAGUCUGCCCCCUGUUCUUGUCGCCUCCUGUCUCACGAGACUCUCCUGUGGCACCACCGUCUUGGCCACCCCUCCUUGCCCCGUCUUCGGAGCAUGGCUUCCCGUGUCCUUGUCUCUGGUCUUCCCCAGUCUCUCCCUCCUCUCCCCUCCGGGCCAGGACCUUCCUGUGUCCCCUGUGUCGAGGGUCGCCUCCGGGCUACUCCUCACUCCUCCCACUUCCCCCCGACAGAGGCUCCCCUGCAGACGCUUCACAUGGAUGUGUGGGGCCCAGCCCCCGUCCGUGGGCAGGGUUACGAGCGCUACUUCCUGUUGGUGGUUGACGACUACUCGCGUUACACCACAGUCCUCCCCUUGCGCAGCAAGGGUGCGGUCACUGAGGUGCUGAUCGACUGGAUCCGCGAGGCUCGUCUCCAGCUCAGGAAGAGCUUCGGCUCGGACUUUCCUGUUCUGCGUCUGCACUCUGACAGAGGCGGAGAGUUCUCUUCUCGCCUUCUGCGAGACUACUGUCGUGCACGGGGGAUCCGCCAGACCUUCACGCUUCCGGACUCACCACAGCAAAAUGGGAUUGCUGAGCGCCGCAUUGGCAUGGUCAUGGAUGUCGCUCGUACGUCCAUGAUGCAUGCGGCUGCCCCCCAUUUUCUGUGGCCGUUUGCGGUGAUGUACGCGGCGCAUCAGCUCAACCUUCACCCCCGGGUCUCUCGGCCAGCGAUGUCCCCAGCCUUGCUGUGGACGGGGAAGGUUGGCGAUGCGUCUGUGUUCCGUGUCUGGGGAUCUCGGGCGUUUGUCCGCGACUUGUCUGCGGACAAGCUGUCCCCUCGUGCUGCUCCCUGUGUCUUCCUUGGCUUCCCCACUGACGCCCCAGGGUGGCAGUUUUACCACCCCUCCUCUCGUCGUGUUCUGUCCUCCCAGGACGUCACGUUCGACGAGUCAGUCCCCUUCUACCGUCUCUUCCCCUACCGCACUCCUUCCCUCCCCCCUCCCCCGGACUUCCUUGUGCCGGUUCCCCCCCCGGUAGACCCCCUCCCCCCUCAGGUUCCUGCCCCCUCAGGUGUGUCCCAGGUAGACGCCGUUGACCCGGUCGAGGUUACUGGUGACUCUGGUACUGCUGCGGGUGCUGAGCCUGGGGGUGCUGACUCUGGGGGUGCUGUGCGCGGGGGUGCUGAGCCUGGGGGAGCUACUGCUGGGGGUGCUGGGCCUGAGGGUGCUACUGCGGAGGGUGCGGAGCCUGGGGGUGCUGAGCUGGGGGGUGCUGUGCCUGGGGGUGCUGGGUCGGGAGCUGCUGAGCCUGGGGGUGCUGAGCUGGGAGCUGCUGAGCCUGGGGGUGCUGCGUCUGGAGCUGCUGAGCCUGGGGUUUCUCCUGCUGCUGCGUCUCGCCGGGAGCCCCUCUCUCCACAGGAGCUGCGCGAGUGGUUUGCUCGCCGCUGGAGGCGUGCUGCUGAGUCUGGAGGUGCUGCUGGAGCUGGAGCUGGAGCUUCUUCGACCGUCGAGGGUGCGGGUGCAGCCGGUCCCGGAGCUGCUGGCCCUGCAGGUCCUCCUGGAGCUGGAGCUGCUGAGGGCGUUCGUGCUGAGCCUGCUGCUGUUGGUCCUGCCGCUGGAGGUGUGGGUGGCGCUGGUGCUGUCGCUGAGGGUGCUGGUGCUGUCCCUGCUGAGUCUGGAGCUGCCGCGCGGCCUCGGCCGUACUUCGUUCCGCUCCUUCAGCAGGUUCUUGGUCUUUCUCCUCCUGUAGAGGGUCCACCGCCUGUCCAGUCGCAGCCCCUACUGGAGCCUUCCUCUCCACUGCCUGCUCCCUCUCCUUACACUGGUCCUACUGGAGGUCUUGCUGAGCGUCGUGAGCCUGCGUCUCGUCCCGCGUCGCCUGUUCGUGCUGCUCGCGCUAGUGGUCGCAGUUCGCGUCAGCGUCCUCCUCCUGUCCCUGGCACGCACCGGAUGUCUUUUCGUCCGUCCACUGCUCCUCUGCGUGCCCCUUUGCCUUCUCCUCCUGAGUCCUCUCUUCCUGCGCUUGCGGACCCUGAGUCGGACUCUCUUCGUGCUGCCAGUCCCACUGUCACGCGUCUGCUUGCUACUGUCGUCACUGACCCCUCUUUUGAGUCCACUGCUGCGUCUGCUCUAGUCGCUGAGCUCGUCGACUUUGCUGCUCGCUGUCGUCUCGACUACGCUGCUAGUCUUGUUGCUGAGUCUGCCUCUGUCUGUCCUCCGUCCGUCGGGGGUGAGUGUGCUCUUGGCACGGACGUCCUAGAGGACAGGCAGGAGGAGUUACAGUGUCUAGCGGCUGCUUCACCUCAUCUCGCGUCUGUACUGCUUGCCCUUGAGGGAGACCCGGAUGCACUAGACAUCCCGACUCCGCGUUCUUACGCGGAGGCCGUAGAGGGUCCCUACUCCUCUCAGUGGCAGGCAGCUAUGGAUGCAGAGAUGGCUUCCUGGAAGUCCACAGGCACCUACGUUGACGCGGUUCCCCCUCCUGGGGCGAACAUCGUCAGUGGCAUGUGGAUCUUCAGGGUGAAGCGGCCGCCGGGCUCUCCACCUGUCUUCAAGGCACGGUACGUUGCUCGUGGCUUCAGUCAGCGGCAGGGAGUUGACUACUUUCAGACCUUCUCUCCCACCCCGAAGAUGACUACUCUUCGGGUGCUGCUGCACAUAGCCGCUCAGCGCGACUACGAGCUUCACUCUCUCGACUUCAGCACUGCGUUCUUGCAGGGUAGCCUGCACGAGGAGAUCUGGCUUCGCCGUCCACCUGGCUUCACUGGGACUUUCCCUCCUGGCACCCAGUGGAGCCUCCGACGGCCAGUCUACGGUCUCCGCCAGGCACCGCGUGAGUGGCACGACACACUGAGGACUACGCUUGCGGCUCUUGGGUUUGCUCCUUCUACUGCUGACCCGUCGCUGUUUCUUCGCACCGACACUUCCCUGCCGCAGUUCUACAUCCUCGUGUACGUCGACGACCUGGUCUUUGCCACAGCGGACACUGCUGGACUCGCCUACGUGAAGUCCGAGCUGUUGAAGAGACACACGUGCACAGACCUGGGUGAACUGCGCAGCUACCUUGGCUUGCAGAUCACUCGGGACAGAGCACGCCGCACCAUUACCUUGACUCAGUCACACAUGGUGCAGCAGGUCCUUCAGCGCUUCGGCUUCACGCACUCCUCGCCUCAGGCCACUCCUCUGCCUACUCGCCACUCACUCUCAGCUCUGCCUUCGGAUGAGUCCGUAGAGUCGAGUGGUCCGUAUGCGGAGCUUGUUGGCUGCCUCAUGUACCUGAUGACCUGCACACGACCUGACCUUGCAUACCCUCUGAGCAUUCUUGCACGCUAUGUUGCUCCUGGGAGACACAGACCAGAGCACAUGGCUGCAGCGAAGAGGGUAUUGCGCUACCUGUGCAGUACGUCAGGCAUGGGGCUAGUGCUUGGAGGGCGGAGUCCAGUGGUCCUUACCGGCCACGCGGACGCUUCUUGGGCUGACGACCAGGCUACGCAGCGGUCGUCACAGGGUUACACCUUCAGCCUUGGUUCCGGCUCUGUCUCGUGGCGGUCUACUCGCUCGUCUUCGGUUCUCGGCUCUAGUUGUGAGGCUGAGAUCUACGCCGGGGCCAUGGCUGCACAGGAGCUUCGCUGGCUCACCUACCUGCUGACUGACCUUGGAGAGCCGCCUCGUUCUCCUCCAGUGCUGUACGUAGACAACAAGGCUAUGCUGGCCUUGUGUCGAGAGCAGCGCUUGGAGCACAGAACGAAGCACAUUGCUCUCCGCUACUUCCUUGCUCGUGAGCUGCAGCAGCGUGGUCAGUUGCGACUUGCGUACGUGGCCUCUGAGGCCAACACUGCUGAUGUGUUCACCAAGGCACUUGCGCCUUGUGACCAUCAGCGCUUCUGCACCCAGCUGGGUCUUGUGCCUGUCUUGCCUCACUUGCUCUCCUCUUGA